AUGUCUUCAUCAAAGUCUCCAUACGAGCAGAAGGACUUGAAAAAUAGCUCCACUGAGAUACAUGCUACGGAGCAAGAUAAUGAAAUCGAAUAUUUUGAAACAGACUCCAAUGAUCGUCCAUCCUCGCAACCGCAUUUAGACUACGAGCAGCAUAAUACUUCCGCCGUGCGCAGGUUUUUCGACUCUUUCAAGAGAGCCGACCAAGGCGGACAGGAUGAGUCGGAAGCAGUGCAAAUGAACGAUCUUACAUCAGCCAUAUCACCCUCUUCCAGAAACGCCCAGGGACUAGAAAAGAACGACAGCACCGACAAGAUAAAUCCUCCCGCGGGCAAUAAGUCUGGCUCGCUGAAGAAAACCAUCCAACCCAGACAUGUCUUGAUGAUUGCCCUGGGUACCGGUAUUGGUACUGGGUUGCUGGUUGGUAACGGUACAGCGCUAGUUCAUGCAGGCCCUGCUGGGCUGCUUAUUGGCUACGCUAUCAUGGGUUCUAUCUUGUAUUGUAUUAUCCAGGCCUGUGGUGAAUUGGCCUUGGUGUAUAGUAACCUGACUGGUGGUUACAAUGCGUACCCCAGUUUUCUUGUGGACGACGGGUUCGGAUUCGCUGUAGCCUGGGUCUACUGUUUGCAAUGGCUGUGUGUUUGUCCUCUGGAAUUGGUGACUGCAUCCAUGACUAUUAAGUACUGGACAACGUCCGUGAAUCCAGACGUGUUCGUCAUUAUUUUCUAUGUUUUGGUCAUCACUAUCAACAUUUUCGGUGCUCGUGGUUACGCAGAAGCAGAAUUCUUCUUCAACUGUUGUAAGAUUUUGAUGAUGACAGGGUUUUUCAUUCUGAGUAUUAUCAUCGAUGUCGGUGGUGCUGGUAAUGACGGUUUCAUUGGCGGUAAAUACUGGCAUGAUCCGGGCGCCUUCAACGGUAAGCAUUCCAUUGACAGGUUUAAGGGUGUUGUAGCCACAUUAGUGACCGCAGCCUUCGCUUUUGGUGGUUCCGAGUUUAUUGCCAUCACCACUGCCGAACAGUCUAACCCAAGAAAGGCAAUUCCAGGUGCCGCCAAGCAAAUGAUUUACAGAAUCCUGUUCCUGUUCUUGGCUACCAUCAUCAUGCUAGGUUUCUUAGUGCCAUAUAACUCCGAUCAAUUAUUGGGAUCUGGCGGUGGUGGUACUAAGGCCUCACCAUAUGUCAUUGCCAUUGCAUCCCACGGGGUCCGUGUUGUCCCACAUUUCGUCAAUGCUGUUAUCUUACUAUCAGUCUUGUCCAUGGCCAACUCCUCCUUUUAUUCCAGCGCUCGUUUAUUUUUGACCCUAUCCGAACAAGGCUACGCUCCCAAGUUUUUCUCUUAUAUUGACAGAGCCGGCAGACCCUUGAUUGCCAUGGGUGUUUCCGCAUUGUUCGCCGUCAUUGCCUUCUGUGCAGCAUCCCCCAAGGAAGAGCAAGUCUUCACUUGGUUACUGGCGAUUUCCGGUCUAUCUCAACUUUUCACAUGGACUGCCAUUUGUUUCUCUCAUAUCAGAUUUAGAAGGGCCAUGAAAGUUCAAGGUAGGUCCUUGGGUGAAUUAGGUUUCAAAUCUCAAACCGGUGUUUGGGGGUCCAUGUAUGCCUGUAUCAUGAUGUUGUUGAUUCUAAUUGGCCAAUUUUGGGUCGCCAUUGCCCCUAUUGGUGAAGGUAAGCUAGAUGCUCAAGCCUUCUUUGAGAACUAUUUGGCGAUGCCAAUCCUGAUUGCUCUCUACGUUGGUUAUAAGAUAUGGACCAAGGAUUGGAAACUGUUCAUCAGGGCUGAUAAGAUCGACUUGGAAUCUCACAGACAAAUCUUUGAUGAAGAGUUGAUUAAACAAGAAGACGAAGAAUACAGAGAACGUUUGAGAAAUGGUCCUUAUUGGAAGAGGGUCGCUGCUUUCUGGUGUUAA